CACCGACAAAACUCAUAUCUAUCGGGGCACUGUAAUCGGUUUUGCCUAGAUGUCCCCGGACGCGCUCAGGGCUCCCAACGCAUGCAGCCGUUGAAUUCUCAAACUUGCGGUGUCGACGUGAAUCGCUUGCACCACGGAAAAACGCCUACCCUCUCUAUCGUUCAGUCUCCAGAGCUUUCCUGAAUGUAAUUCAGUGCCAUGCGUCUUUCGGUUUUCUCUCUGCAGACCUGACUCCCCUGGGGGCUGUGACGUGUCAGCCCAUCAGGCUGUGUUGCGCUAGAACAACAUGCAGCGCUGUUAACCGAAAACAACUCUUGCACACCCUUGAUAUCAAGAAGAUCUUCGGGGCUGAGCGCCUUUUCACCUCAACUGAAUUUGCCUGGCCUUGAACGCUUUGUGUAAAUGAACCGCCUACGUCGACUGGUGGGUGGCUUGCCAGCCCUUUGCGGCGGCUGCCUCUGACAGGCACCACGAGGAAAGGUGUUGGUCGUCUUUUUCGUUUUCGUCUGAGUUAACAUCCUUGUUUAUCCACUCUAGAGAAUUCUUCGACUCUUUCUCUACCUUCUGAUGUUCGUGGUAUGAAGGCGGUGCCCACCUAUUGCAGCCACACUUGCGUUUUAUCUCUUCUCUCAGCCUUGUUUGAUGAUCCGUGGCCGAGGCCUGCAUGCAAGUCACAUGCGAGAGGCGACAAGGCGGAUAAGAGGCGAUAUCUGACUUUUCCGAGAGUCGCUGCAUGUGCCUGUCAGUCCGGAUUUUGAGUUGGGGAAAAGGCGAAGCACGUGCUGCGUCCAGUUUCCAUUAUCGGAGAUCUAAUUUUCAAGUGUGCAUGCAGUCAGCUCUAGACUUUUCGCAGGUUCUUCACGUCCUUCGCCGCGUUGGAGUGCCUAAGCCUUUCGCGCGUGCACCGGCAGUCAAGCAGACACCGCCUGUUCAAGAAUAAGUGAUAAAACAUCUGUGCGUCGAAGUCGAUGGUUCUAAACGUUGGACACAGACUUUCCGGACAUCGCUGUUCCUUGAAACAUUUUUUUCUCGCGAAAGGGCUCCGAUUUUUUCUCGCCUCCGCUGUUUCAGUAUCCGGCUCCAUCCAGUCGUGGAUGUCAAACAAGGCUGAGAAGCGACAUGCCGCCCCUACGAGUCGAGGCCAGAGCGCUGUGGCGCCCUGCCUCGACCCUGUCGCCCUGCGGCCUCUGCAGCUCCUCAGAGUCUCUGCCUCCUCUCAGCUCUCUGAGCGGAUUUUCGGACUCCAGAGCAUGCGAAAUUCCUUCGCUGCCGCUUCGUGCAGUCCCGCCUCUAGCGCGUCGGCAUCUGUCUCGAUUUCUCGUCCGGUCGCGUACCCUCGCCUCUGCACAAGCGAUCUGGAGUGGCGUCACUCCCAGACAGACAGCGCAUGUGGUGCAUGUGGCGCGCGCCGCAUUUGUCUCAGCCGCGGAUCCACGUCGGCGCAGCCACAGCUUCAGGGCCAACUCCCAAGAUCCUUCGGUCUCUGGCAACCCAACCUCUGCCGGCGCUCUGGAACGGCACCGCGACUUCAACAGCGGAGAUGGCGCGACUUCGCCUGCUCCCCGACAUGUCGUGCUUCACCAGGGAACUCCACGAUUCAGAGCGUUUCCUCAGACGUUCGCUGGCCAGCAGAGCUACGCGUGUGGGCCGGGGGCGCUGGACAGCGGGCGGGAAGCUCGUUUCCAAGACGGACGCACCGUGCCGGACAGUUCGUCCAGCAGACAGCGCGUAGAAGCGAAGGCACAGGGCAGAGCGCCAGAGAGCAGAUGCGACAGCGGCGGCGGUUUGAUGCGAGAAGCGCCGGGGAAGCACGCGGGAGUCGUGGCGGAACUCGUCGGUGCACCGGGUGUCUGUACGCAGGAAAGAAAUGAGGCAGCCCUGGGGAGUGGGUGCGGUCGAGCGUGGAGUCGAGCAGGAGGCGAGGGGAAUUUCGCAGGUCCACACUUCGCGAGAGAUGUUUGUCGGGAGAAGAGCGACGAGACGGCUGGUGUCGAGCAGGACUCGCACGGACAGCUGAGCAGCUUCUCGAGCAUUGGCAUGGCCUUGAGACGAGCGGAGAAGGCCGCGCGCGCAAUCGACGUCUUGCAGCCCCGAGCGGCGUCUGCGGCAGAAGUCGCCGAAGUGGCGCGAAUGUGCGCAGAUGCGCAGACAUACGAGCGCGCCUCGACGGCCGCCGCGGCCGGGAUGGGAGACAUUCCGGAAAAGUGGAGACACAACAAGGUCGGGGUGCCCUUCAGCGCGAAGAUAACUUUUCUCAGAAAAAUGGCUUCGAUGCCCGAGGACUCGGUGCCCGUGGAGGAGCGCCACGUUCGCCUGUUCUUUGAGGAUGUGACUGGAAGUUUGCUGGAACGACUGUCGCUGCACCAGAGCAGUCAGGCGACUCUCUUCGAGGACAUGAGGAGCGCCGAGGAAGACACGGCGUUCCAGCGAAUGUCGGAGGACCUUUCGCGCUCGCUCCUCAUUUUCCAGGAAAGCGGUGCCGGCCACACAUCGCCGACAGUUGCGUCGCGGCGCGUGCACAAGCUCGAGGCGUCUCUGGAGGAGCUGCAGGCGAGGAAUGUAGCGAUGAGGAAUGACUUUGUCACCGCGAUGUGGGCGUUCUGCAUUCUCGGACUUCGCGGACACCUCAAGACACUCGGUCCGGCCUACGCGUCGUUGAUGCACUGUCGCCUCGAGCAACGCGGUGCAGCUGUUCAAGGCAGACGAGAAUGUGCAGCUCGAGAGUCGCGAGAGACGUUCGCAGAGAGGACUCUAACUCCGGAAGACGUCGAGUGCGCCUGCGGAGUUCUUGGAUAUCUUCGCCGAGCUCGUCUCUCAGAAGGCGUGGAAGCGAUUCUUGCGAUUCUCACUCGCGAGAACGGCGCAUGUCUUGCAGGGCUUACCGCCGAUGAACUCAGCCAGCUUCUCUACGAGACGAGGCCAAACCAUCCCUCUGGAGGCUGCGCGUCGAACUCAACGCGAAAAAGGCGAGACGUUCUGCUCAACCAGCUUUCGCUGCAUGCGCUCAAGGGCCUCCCAGGCCCAUCGCCAGUGCAUGCAGCGCGGGCAGCCAGCAGCGUCGUGGAAUUUCAGACGCCAAACAGAGAGGAGCAAGCGCGAGUACGCGAACUCGUUCUUCAGGCCCUCGCGGAAAAGCCUGAAGUGCUGCGAGACGCGCUGGUGGGCGCCGUCCCCGUCCUGCGCCUGCUGAUCGAGAGGCGAGAGAAGAAGGAACGCGGCAGCGAAGCACGGACGGAAGCGCCUGGUUCUUCGCAUUCUCUAGAGCAGGAAAGAGCGCUUCUCGCAACCACGUUGGAGGUCUUGAAUCAGAACGCAGAUUGCCUUCUGCCCCUCGAGCUACUGGCGCUCGUCCGUCCGUCUUGCUCCGCAAGUGCGAGAACGUCUGCAAACUCCCCACACACUCCACUGUCUCCACUGUCUCCGCUGUCUCCGCUGUCGUCGUUGUCCUCGUCGGGAGAGGGGGACAGUCUGUGGUGGUCGCGAGAAGGCAGCUCGAGAGAAAGAGACGCUGAGGACGGGAGGUCCGCUGCGGAGAGUCUUCUGGGGUCCUUGCCGAUUUCUGAAGAAGAGAAACACGCUUUGAAGAAGAGGAUUCUUGCAGAACUCUCUGUGCCAAAGAAUCUCUCCACGAUUGCGACGCGAGACCUUCUCGACGUCCUCUCUGACUCCGACACGAUGGCUGUUCUUCGAGAAAACAAAGAGAUUCUGGAAUCCCUCCUUCGAGCUGCAAUUGGCCGGACGCUGGAGCUGUCGAUUCCUUUCAACUUGCGCGUUGCUCUGCGCUUCUUUCUGCUUCAAAAAGAGCUGCCUUUCAGCGUCCCAAAGUUCUCCGAGAUUUUCAGUGCGUGCGCGCUGAAGAGCGCAGCUGCCGCCGAGGCUCUGCUGGACGAGAACCGAGAAGACAAGACACCCGGCUCUGCGCGCGCGACGGCAGACGUCGUGCUCGGCCUCUCGGAAAUCGAAGAAGCCUGCGACCUGCUCGAGCAACUCGAUGCGAUGAAUGACUUGGCUCCCGUCGCUUUCGCGAGGCAUCUGCUGCUUCAGGUGCCGCCGAGUUCUCAUUUCUCGUCAGACGGGCAUCAGGGAGCAGCGCCGACCGAGGAGACACACGAACAUCGCCAUUCUGAUGUGACGUCAGUCGGAUGCGGCGAAGACCGAUUGAAGGCUCAGAAGCUGGGCUCGUGGCUACGCGUCGCAGUUCGCGUGCUGUUCCUUACUGUCGAUACACACGGGCAUUUGGAGGCCUUCAACGCAACGGUGAGGAAUCGCCUCGUGGAAGCCGUGAACGUUUCGAGAGUCGCUGCCUCUUUGGCGGAUCCUUUGGCGGCUCUGAGUGGAGACGAACGAGUCCAGUGCCUCUGGAGUCUUUGCGUCCUCGACAGCCACCUCGUCGACGAACAAUUCCCUGCGUGCGAAAAGGCUCUUCUGCAUCCGCUCGAAGCUGCUGGAAACGCGACGGCCCCACAGAUGGACCUUCUCCAGACGCGGUCCGCUUUCCUCGUCCAACAUUUGGCGGAAACUCUGGAGAGUGAGCUGCCGACAUAUCGUGGGGACGCGCUCUGCCCUGAGACGCAGAGGCUUCUGACGGAAAGCGUCGCGGCGUUGGAUGGUUUUCAUGCGGCGGAGAAGGGGAAGAAGGGCGUUUUUAGGCUUGUUGGAUUUACACGCGAGCGAGACAGAAUGGCGCGAGAAAUCGCUGCUGAAAUGAAGGAACUGGGCGUGGAGGCCGCGGCAGCGUACUUGGAGUCUCUUCCCGACGGCCCUCAGCCAGAUCUGCGCCUCUCCCUGCCUCCUGCGCGGAGGUGCGCUGACAAGCUCGGACAGCGCAGCGGCUUGCUGCUGCUCCCGCUGACGCAGACCUCGUUUUCGUCGGUCGCGUCGCGCGCGGCUUCGAGAGACCAGCCUGCGUUCGACAGAAACAGCGAGUCCGCGGCGGAAAACCGCAGUUCGGUAUGGAAGCAGCCUGGAAGGCGGCGGUUGUCCGCGACUCUGCAGGACCUCUGGGCAGCGAAUAGAAGAAAGAAGCUGGAACUCGACGGGUGGAGAGUCCAGGAAGUCGCCGCAGAAGAGUGGAACGCAGUCAGGGGCGAUCCCGCACGCAGGCGCCGCCUUCUGCAACAGAAACUGGAAGGAUUUGUGACCUCAGUCCCGACUGUGGACGCAGGAGGCGCCAACUGACGACUGAGAACAGACGCCAUGUGCCUGCGGAAACAACAGAUGGAAAAGUGAUGGAGCAGGGGCAGCCGAAUGGAAAAAAGACCAAGGAUAGAACAGUGGACGUGAACAGGAGAAGGGAGGUGGUGGAAGCGUUCCUGAAUGCCGUUUCUAGCCGUUUUUGUGGUGGUAAAGCAAUCGCAUCCAAAACAGAAGGUUUGUGAGUCGUUUGUGUCGACGUCGCAACGAAAUAUUCGCACCGAUGAACCGCAUUUGAUCAAAAUGGUCGCACACAAGCUUGAGCUGCACUGCGUUGAAACGCAGCCGCUCUACCACAAGGAGAGGUGAAGCAAAUCGGGAAAAAAGGUGGAGAGACACUUUGCGAGGAACAUCCCGACAGCCCGUGAGCGUCAGAGUCGAACACAAAACGCACAGAAAAGGGGAUGUUCCCCUCCGAUGUCAACGCAUGGGAGUCCCCGUCGAUCUGAUGGAACGUCGAGUCUCGCGUCAGCCCUCUGGAGGGUCGAGCAAGUCUGUCCACGCUCUCCCUCCUCACUGUCGCUGCUUUCCCCUUUGUCGCUGGUACAGAACAGUGGCAAAGCCUCUCGGGUGUCGACUUCCAGACUGUGAGUCGCCUUGUGCAAGCCGGCUGUUUUCAGUGGGUUUCAAGAAAGAGACGGAAGUCUCACAUGGCCAUUCCGUUGCUGGCUGGCUGUUGAGAACUUUCACUGUUUACUCGACUUCUCGACUUUCCGCGGCACUGCCGUUGUCUCUCUGGUGCCCUCAGGACAAAGCUUGGUUGUCUGCUCUCAUUUAUGGAGUCAUGUUCAGUCUCCUAGGCACUGUAAUGCCUCUGACAUGGAUUUGCAAUGCCUGUGUUCAGCGGAACUCUUCGGUAUUCUACUGGGACGUCUGUGCAUGUUUUCCGAUGCCUUUUGUUUAUCGAAUCCGCAAGACUAUCGAUGCGCCCAAACGGACGCGAGUGAGCGCCAGAGUGCCUGUGUAGUGACUCACUUCACUUUCUUUCGCUAAACUCCCGCGGGGUCCGGCCAAGAGGAAGGCGUUGCUUGAUGUGCAUGGCUGGGGACGCGGUGAUCUCUUCUGAAAAGAACGAUGCAUCCAUGAGGUUGGAACCUUUCGCAAGUGAAAUGCGAAAAUACAAAACAGUCAGAGGAUACGAAAGUCAAGGUGGCA